CAAGUCUCCUUGGUGCACCUUGGUGUCAACAACAAAAGUCAAAAACAGUCAAAAACAAAAAUCAUCGUGCCUCGAUUAUUUAUUUAAAAAAGAUCAUUGCUAAUAUAAAAAUUAUAAAAAAUGGCAAGUGAAUUAAAUAUUGGUGUUUAUGUUGAUCCAGAAUCAUCAUCAAGGAUAAAAUUAAAUUGUGUUAAUUUAAAUACAAAAGUUGACACAAUGAAAGUAAUGAUAUCGGACAAGGCUAACCUUCAAAAAGACCUCAUUGAUCUUGUUUAUUGUGGAUGUAUCCUUGAGGACGAUUCAACACUUGAAUCAUAUGGUUUAAAAAAUGGAUCAAUUGUUCAUGUUUUAAAAAAAAAAAUAGAAAAACCAAAAACACAAUCAACACCAGUUCCAGAAGCAACAAUUCUUCAAUUAGCUGCAACAUUCAAAUCAUUCAGUAAUAAUGCAUCUUUAAGAAGUGCACUUCAUCGAUUGAGUAAACGUCCAGAGUCACUUGAAAAUAUAAUUUUAUCAACACAAGGUUUAUAUGAUGAUGCUGUUGCAAUGGCAAUGCUUCAAGAUCCUGAUUUAAUGGCUCAUUUUACUGAUCCAAACACAGUCAGAAAAAUUGCUGAACAUCAUCCAGUUUUACUUGAAGCAGCUCAAAUGAUUGCUGCUGUUGUACAUCUUGAUGCUCGUAAUGCAGCAACAGCUCCUGGUCCAGGACCAUCAUCUAUGAAUGCACCACCAACAACAUAUCCAUAUGGUCUUGAAAAUUUAUCUGAAGAUGAAGAUAUGACUGGUGAUUCAUCACAAUCAUCAGAUUCACCAGUUACAAAUGGUGCAACUUAUUCAUCAUCAAUGAUAACAACAUCACAACUUGCUCGUGCUCUUUCACGUGCUGGUACACGUUCAUCUGGCUCAAAUCAAUCAUCCUCAUCAACGUCAAGUACUGCUGCUACUGCUGCUCCAUCAAAUACUGGAAAUUCUAAUUCAGCUGGUAUUAAUCCAUCAUCUGGUACUGGUUUAAUAACACCAGAAAUGUUUUCACAAGCAAUUCAACAAGCUUUUGCUGCUGGUGGUGCACGUACAUCAAGUGGUGCACCAAUAAUACUUCCACAAGCUGCUGAUUUUCAAAGACAAUUAACUCAAAUGCAUGAAAUUGGACUUAUGGAUGAUGUUGCUAAUGUCCAAGCUCUUCAAUUCACCAAUGGUGAUGUUCAAGCUGCUAUUGAACUUGUAUUUAGUGGCUUCAGGGAUAAUAUUUAAUUUAAAGACUCAUUUUUUUUCUUUCUCUUUAUAAUUUUAAAUAAUACUAUUGUUGUGAUUUAACGUAGAAUAUUAAAAAAAAAAUUCAAUUGAUUGUAAUUAUUGGCUUGGAAUCAAUACAUUGAAUUAUUAUGAUUUUUUGAAUUAACAAUCCCCAAAUUUUAUAUGAAAAAUAAUAAAUUAUCUCAA